GAUCUUACGCCACUUGCUAAGCGUCUUGUCGUCACGGAGGGUGUCGAUUGUCGGGAGGCAUCGUUUGAGAAGGCACGGACUCUGCUGGACGAAAUCCUAUCUGCGUUGACUGCACGGAGCCCUCGAGGAGAUGCCGGGCCCAGCCCGGAGGAGAUCCUUGAGGGUGCUGCGGCCGGAUCAGGAAUCAAUGGCAUCACUGGUCAUGAAGAGCAACGACUGCGUAUCGCAGAAAAGCUUCUUAUGAAGAAAGACGGCAAUGAUAACGAACUUUUCGAAGCGCUGGCGGAGCAACCUGAUCCGGAUGAGACCGUUUCACAGAUGUUCUUUGAUGCCGCAUGGCGAAGGGCUUGGGCCGUUGAUUUUAGGGAGAUCGUGUUUGGUCCGAGAAUUGGUGCUGGAGGAUUUGGAGAGGUGUACAAAUGUAAGUACGAGGAGAAGAUGGUGGCGGUGAAGACUUUGCAAAAGGUGGAAGACGACGAUCCGAAUGCGCUUAUGGCCGAAUUUAUGGUAGAAAUGAAGCUGAUGUCAAAGCUCCGACACUCCAACAUUGUACAGUUCAAGGGAGCAUGUAUUCACGUUCCAAACUUGGCAAUCAUCUUGGAGUUUAUGCCCGGGGGCAGUCUGUACCGCGCCAUUCAUCGCAGACGUAGAAAUGUUCUUGGAGCGUUUCCACUUCUCAAGAUUGUGUGGAUCGCAUUUGGCGUAGCAAAGGGAAUGGCGUUCUUGCACGGCCAGUAUCCUGUUGUCAUCCAUCGCGAUGUGAAGUCACCAAAUAUUUUGCUAGGGACAAACGUUCGGGAAGUCAAAAUCACGGACUUUGGGCUGAGCAGACUACGAGUCAACUCGUACGUUAACACGGGCCCAGGAGGUACUCCUGAAUGGAUGGCACCUGAACUUUUGAGACAAGACGCCUUCAACGAGAAAUCAGACGUGUUUUCGUUUGGCGUAAUUCUUUGGGAACUGGUCAUGUGUGAGAAGCCAUGGCGUGAUGAGCACCCCAUGCAAAUUGUAUACAAGGUUGGUAAUCGGGGUCUCAAACUUCCGACACCACCGCCAGAACAAUGUGGCCCUGAGCUUAGACAGAUGAUUGUGGAGUGCUUUGCAGACGAUCCGAGCCGACGACCAGAGUUCACAGAUAUUGCUGCAAGAUUAGAAGACAUGUGCAAGCAAUUUGAUACCUAGAGUGGAUAUUGGACGAAACACGAAGCAGUUGAAGCACCUGUAUGUCGUGUGCUAUGUUGUGCAAAUAAUCAUUUGACUGCGUGGAUUACUCGGCUAUGUAUUGACACCCCAAACUGGAGCAUUUGGGAGGAAAUUCAAAAGCAUAGUGUCGUCUAGUCGGAUAGAGAGUUGCAGCAAAACUAUUUUGGUAAAGAAUUGCGGCAACUGAUGCACGGAUCCUACAACGGCCGCUCCUGGUAAUGUUAGUACUCUAACAUGAAGUAGGGAGGGAGUUUGGGACGUGCUCGACAACAUUUUGGUCAGGCAGGCGCGGCAGUUUGAAAAAGGGUUUUCUCGAUGUACAGCCCGCGGAUGACGUCCGCCACCCUUGUCUGCUACAGCAGACCGGCGCGGCAAAGACGGACGGGCCUUCUCUUUCCAUCUUGGAAGAAGAGAAAAGGAAGAACAGGGUGGGCCAUGUCGUUGGUGGGGGAGGUACAUGUUAUGUAUGUACUUCGAGUUGGGAAUAAAUAGCGUCAUAGCGUACGAUACUGUUAUUUUCUUGACAUGCGUUGUUGCAUUGAGAGCAGCUGUAAACCCCCUGGUUCUCAUUCUGG